ACCACUGGAGGCGUAUCCGUGCAGAACCUGAGCUUAAAUCCGCACCCUGCUUUACAUUAUCGCAUUCAUUGAACCUUCCUCGUCUCAGAGCAGCAACAGCGAGCAUUUACAGCAAUGGCCAAUUACAUCCAUGUCCCAGAUGGCGCACCGGAGGUUCCUAAAUUAGACGUGACUGUAGAUGAGCACGAUUACAGAGCCGGAGCGCUGAAACUCGUCAAGACGCUCAGACCCCACUGGAAACCUUCUGAGGUCAAAAUGAAGUUUUUCACUGAUGGCAUCACAAACAAGCUGAUUGGCUGUUACGUCGGCGGGUCCAUGCAGGAAGUAGUCCUGGUACGGGUCUACGGGAACAAGACGGAACUGUUUGUGGACCGUGAAAACGAAGUGAAGAGCUUCCGUGUCCUGCAGGCACACCGGUGCGCUCCGCGACUCUACUGCACCUUCAACAACGGCCUGUGCUAUGAGUUUCUGCAGGGUGUGGCCCUGGAGCCCGAGCACAUCCGCAGCCCUGCCAUCUUCAGGAACAUUGCAAGGCAGUUGGCAAAAUAUCAUGCCAUACAUGCCCACAAUGGCUGGGUGCCCCAGUCAGACCUCUGGCUGAGAAUGAGCAAGUACUUUUCUCUUGUUCCUACACACUUCGAGGACCCUGAGAUGGACCAGAGGCUGAACAGUGAGGUGCCCAGCUCCGCAUGUCUUAGAGACGAGAUGAUCUGGCUUCAGCAGAGCCUUUCUAAACUGGGUUCCCCAGUCGUUCUCUGUCACAACGAUCUGCUCUGUAAGAACAUCAUCUACAACCAAAAGGAAGGAAAUGUCAAAUUCAUUGACUACGAAUAUGCUGGGUACAAUUACCAAGCCUUUGACAUUGGGAAUCACUUCAAUGAAUUUGCAGGUCUGAAUGAGGUGGACUACACCCUUUAUCCUAGUCGAGAGCUCCAGUUGCAGUGGCUCCGAGCCUAUCUGGAGGCCUACAAGGAGUACAAAUCACAGGGCAAACAGGUCUCUAAUACUGAAGUGGAGGUCCUUUACGUGCAAGUCAACCGCUUCGCCUUGGCAUCUCAUUUCUUCUGGGGACUGUGGGCAUUAAUCCAGGCUCAGUACUCCACCAUUGACUUUGACUUCUUGGGAUAUGCAGUUCUCCGUUUCAACCAGUACUUCAAGAUGAAACCCGAGGUGACUUCACUGCACCUUCCAGAAUAAUCUCUCAGGUCGUGGCUUGCGCUACUCUAGAGAAGGGCUCCCCCUGGUGGACUUAAGAACUAGCUGGAGGUCUCUUCAGUUCGUAGACUGAACACUGCACUUACUUGUCUGAACACGUCAUUUUAGAUAAGCCCCAAAAUCAUUUCUGAACUCAAAGUUGGUUUAGUGUUGUAGAAAACCAAGCACCUAAGUCCUCCUCCUCCUCGCUUUUAUGUGGCGAUCGAGAGAGAGGGUCACCCCAGUGCCCUAGUUCAUGAUAUUGCCAAUUGAGGAAGCAAACAACUGACAUAUAGAUAGCUUACUCUGGAGCCUUGACUUGCCAAUGUAUAUGAAGAGUGAGCCUGGGAGAAUCUUAAAUAAAGAAAAGCUCCCCAGAUACCCAUCCUCCAAGGACAGGGAACCUCAGACAACAACAAUUAUUAUCAAAAGACAAGAGAGGAGGCCCACUGGGUCUGUUUUUAGCAACUAACUAUCAUCCUAAAGGUCAUUCCUGCUUGUUUACACAACUUUUAAGGGGAGAAAUCGGUGUACUGUAAGAUAUUGUUGGGUUUACUGUAUUCAUAGUCUCUGAUUGUGUCUAAACGGCAAACUUUGGGCCUGCCUGUUCCUACGAGGGUUGUUCCUGGCACAGCUGUGGUAUAAGAUGUGUAAUUCAGGGACCAAUAGAAGCUUCGUUGUACAUUUCUGGCAGACGAUUCCUCCCUCAACCUCUCACUGUGAACCACUGUAUAACGCAUUCAUAAUGUUUCUCAUUGUUUUCUCAGCGUGGUGCUUGGAGAAGGUAGAUGCACAGUAGCCGUGGCUACAAUGAGCCGGUAGCUAAUCUGAAGCCCACACCAAAGUGCUGAUAUUUCUUGCUUGUAUAUUACGCACAGUAUAUUUUUCCACAUUAGAAAUAACGUGGUAAUAUUUACAGUUCAAACGGUGGAUUUUGUACUUAUUUAAAUGGCGCCGGUAAAGAGAUCACUCACUUUUUUCUCGGAGGUAUCGGUGAAUUCUUUGUAAUGGAUGUAUUUUUUGGAAGCCUUAAUGAAGAUGGCGUCGCCUGCUGAACGCACUAAAGCUUUUGUAUUCAUGCUCCCCGUCCGCAUAGCUAAACGACAGGCCUUUUUGCACAAACCGACUGCUUUGAGAACAAAACCAGUCCUCACUUUAUCUUGCGAUGGGCCGCUCUUUCUGCUUAAGACGUAGUUUUAACCGCACAUGUUGGGAGUAGAGAUUUUGGUAACACUUUAUUUUACAGGGUCCCUGUUACACAUGUUACUAAACUGAACUGCUAUAGUAAAUAGAGUUUAUAUGUUUCCACAAGUCGCUCUGCACAGUAAUGACGUAGUACUUAAUUAAUAUUACUCAGAACCAAGGUCAGAAAUUAAUCUAAAUGCCAGAAAUUGACAAAAAUGUACUAGAAUUUAAAAUGUGGUGGAAAACAACGUCCCUGUUGUGGUAAAUAAUUUUUUUCUUUACAGAAAUAUUUUUUUAUCAUUACAUACACUAAUGCUGUUCAAAAGUUUGGGGUCACUGAGAUUUUUUUUUUUUUUUUUGAAAGAAAUUCAGUUCUUUUUUGCUAUUCAUCAAAGAAUCCUGAAAAAACAAUGAUCAUGGUUUUCACAAAAAUAUUAACCAGCACAAUUGUCUUCAAUAUUGACACUGAAAAUUCAGCUUUGCCAUCACAGGAAUAAAUUACAUUUACGAUAUAUAUUAAAAUAGAAAACAUCUCUUUUCAAUUGAAAUAAUUUUUCUCAAUUUGUGCUGUAUUUUUGAUCAAAUAAAUGCAGCAUUGGUGAGACUUCUUUCAAAAACCUAACCAAGCAAAUCUUACUGACCCCAAGCUUUUGAACAGUGUAAUAUUUGUUUUCAUAAUAUGCUGAUUUACUUGUGUUUAGACCAUUUCAAUUAAAUUAUUAAUUAUUGGACAUAAAAUGGACAUAAAUGAUAUUAGGGAAAAAGAAUAGCCAUCAUAAAUGUAAGAAAUGAAUCAAUUCCAGUUAAUUUCUGAUGCUGCUCAGUACACAUGAGCAAUGUAAUAUAAAGUGUGACCAAGAUUUUCCUUGAAUUCCAAGAAGUUUUCUUGUGCAAACCUCAGCUCUGAGACUUGCCUUCGCACCGCCUGGCUACCCUCACUUACCUCAAUAUCCUGUGUCAGUUUGCCUAUAUCACAAACAACCAUAUACAAUUCUGUAAAUACUAGAAACUGUGAACUUCGGGUUGUUUAUUGUAUUUUAAAGUAUGCUUCUUUUUCUAUGCCAGUUCUUUUGUAACUGUCAAGUUUGCACCUUGAUCACGUUUUUGAACUGUCAAGGACCACACAGAAUGCUACAUUUUUAUUUUUAUUUCUUUUUUUUUUAUAGUAAUACACCCAGAAAGGUUCAUCAUAAUAUUGGGAAAUUUCUCACUUCUAUAACUGAUUUCUUUGCACUCUUUAGCAUUUGUAUAAAACUGGAAGUGAUGGGUGGUUCCAACUUUCAGCCAAUGAAGUGCUUCUGGUGAACAUAUAAUGUAUAGGACUGCCUCAUGCAAGCAUCUGCUGGCGGUUUUUAGUGUAGGUGUGUAUGUACAACUGUAAACAAACGAAGAAAAUCUUUGCUUAUUAUUAAACAAUGUUCAUUGCGCAAAACUAAACAGAGAUAUUCUUUUUCUAAACAGAAGUACUGUUAUGUAGAUUUAAUAAUAAUCUGGGGAUGAAAUCCUGAAGUGUUGCAUUUGUAGAUUCUGUUUCAAAUCAUUUGAAUAGAAAUAAAAAAUCUACGAGUUCUACUGUU